AUGAUUGGUGUCAUUGCGGGCAAUUCUGAGGAUUUCUCAUCGAAUGCCGUCGAGCUCGUCGGGGGUGGAAAAGUUCUCACCGAUGACAAGUACUCCAGUGUAAAUCCUGCCUGGCGGUCCACCUGUAUCGUUAAUAUUGUGACUAGAGGUUGGGCUAAUCAUUCAUCUGCUCAAACUGUCAAAGACGAUAUCACUUAUAUUAAGGGAGGGGCUAUGAGAGCGCUCGACCCACUUCUCGGAAGUUACAUGAAUGAGGCCGAUCGCAACGAUCCCCUAUGGCCGACGAACUUAUACGGUACAAACUAUAUGCGUUUAGCGCUCAUCAAGAAAAAAUACGAUCCGACGAGUGUUUUCUACUACCCGACCUGUGUGGGUAGCCAAUCGUGGACACAAUGGUAUUUGGAUGGAGCGGCUUACGACCCACUUUGUCCCACAGGGCUGUGA